AUGAACGGCAGCAGCAGCGUCUCUGCAACUGGCAGCACAGAGGACUGGUCCCAAGAGGAUGUCCUGGAGCUCCUGGACCGGAUCCGGACUCAGAUCCCAGAUGGAGACACCAUGAAGUACAAAACCACAGAGUCUCACUUCGACUGGACCCGCAUGAGCUUUGGCCGCUACAGCGCCACCAUGUGCAAGGACAAGUGGAGCAAGGUGUCCACAGAGGUUCGUAAGUACCGGACGAUGACGGAGCUGCUGAUCGAUGCCGUGGAGUUUGUGAAGAAUCCGUACAAAGGAAAGAAACUAAAGACUCACCCAGACUUCCCCAAGAAGCCGCUGACGCCGUACUUUCGCUUCUUCAUGGAGAAACGAGCCAAAUACGCCAAGAUCCACCCCGAGAUGAGCAACCUGGACCUGACAAAGAUCCUGUCCAAGAAGUACAAGGAGCUGCCAGAGAAAAAGAAGCAAAAGUACAUCACCGAGUUCCAGAGGGAGAAGGAGGCGUUUGAGAAGAACAUGGCCCGCUUCAAGGAGGACCACCCAGACCUGAUGGAGGAGAGGAAGAAGUCCGAGCUCCCAGAGAAACCCAAAACUCCACAGCAGCUUUGGUACAACCACGAGAAGAAGGGCUACACCAAGCUGCACCCACAGGUCAGUCAGAAGGAGCUGAAGGACGUUCUCCGGAGGCAGUGGUCUCAGCUCUCGGACAAACGCAGACUAAAGUGGAUCAGCAAAGCCCUGGAGCUGCAGAAGGACUAUGAGGGUAGUAUGCGUGUGUACCAUGAGGCACACCCCGACCUGAGCGCAGAUGAACAUGUGCGUUCUGUUCUGACCAAAGCAGAACGACAACUGAAGGACAAGUUUGAUGGACGCCCCACCAGACCGCCGCCCAAUGGUUACUCUCUGUACUGUGCGGAGCUGAUGGUGAACAUGCGUGACGUCCCGAGCACAGAGAGGAUGGUCCUGUGCAGCAAACAGUGGAAACUGAUGACGCAGCCAGAGAAGGACCUGUUCCAGAGGAGAUGUGAACAGAGGAAGAAACAGUACGAUGUGGAUAUUCAGCGCUUCCUGGAGUCUCUGCCGGACGAGGAGCGUGACCGCGUGAUGUCAGAAGAGAAACUGGGCGGAGGCAAAUUCAACAUGGGCGGGGCCUCACCUGCAGCAAAGGAUCGGCGGCGGGACACAGACACAGACUGGUCGCCCAAAGAACGUCGAGACGGCAGGAAGUCAAACAAACUCCCUGAGACUCCUCGCACAGCGGAGGACCUGUGGCAGAGCAGCGUGAUGGGAGACUACCUCGCCAAGUACCGGAGCGACCGCAGAAAGGCGCAGGUUGCCAUGGAAACGUGCUGGAAGUUGAUGGACAAAAAGGAGAAAAUCCCAUGGAUCAAAAAGGCAGCGGAGGAUCAGAAGAGAUACGAGAGGGAACUGUUGGAGCUGCGGGGGUCCUCUGUUGCUGUGGCGACACCAGGACAGACGCAGAGGAAGCCCAAAUUCGAUGGAGAACCCAAGAAACCUCCAGUGUCUGGGUACCAGAUGUUUUCUCAGGAGCUGCUCACAAACGGAGAACUGAACCACUUCAGUCUGAAGGAGCGCAUGGUGGAGAUUGGCAAACGGUGGCAGCGCCUCAGUGUGGCCGUGAAGGAGGACUACAAGCGGAGCGUGGAGGAGAACCAGGCCCAGUACCGAGCCCGUCUGGAGCUCUGGAAGCAGACACUGUCGCCGCAGGAGCGGGCCGUCUACAACGCGUCCACAAAACGCCGCAGUUCCACUAAAGUUCGUUCGCCUGUAGCCAAAGUUCGAGUUUUGGCAAAAACCAAAACUGCAGGGUCCAAGAGCUCCGCUGCAGACCACAAGAGGAGCAUGGACUACAGAGCCAAGCAGGACCUCUCGGACUCGGACUCCGAUCGCAGCGAUUCCUCAGACACGGACUCUGAUGCAACGAGCAGCGACAGCGACGAUGAGAACGAGGACGAUGAAGAUGAGGAAGACGACGACGAUGAAGAGUCCAGCGAUGAAGAGUCCAGCCAAUCAGAGUCGGACUGA